AUGUCCACUUUGAAAACAACUAUAAAGUCGGAAGUUCCCGAGAAAACGUUUGAGUCUCCAGAACCUCCAGAAUCUACGAGUGGGGAGAGGGCCCUCUCGUCUUUAUCCGGUGUUAUCGAAGAUAAAGAGCAAGUGAGUGAUUUGGCUCUCACUAAUGAAGAAAAAGAUCGCCGUAUUGAUGAAAUGGCCUUGGAAAUGGGUAUAAAUCAUCGGAGAUUCAUGUGGAAACUCGAUUUUUUCGUUGUUCCUCCAUUCAUCCUACUCUAUUUCCUAGCAUUCCUUGAUCGUGUAAAUAUUUCUAAUGCCAAAGUGUAUGGUAUGGAGGAUGAUUUGGGCCUUCAUGGUAACCAGUUUAAUACUGCGUUGACUAUCUUCUUUGUGCCGUAUGUCUUCUUUGAAGUCCUUUCCAACUAUCUAAUGAAAAUCAUCAAGCCCCAUAUAUGGCUAAGUGCCAUGAUCUUUUUGUUUGGUAUCGCUGGUAUGUGUCAGGCCUUUGUUAAAGGUUUCGGAGGUUUACUUGCUUGCCGUUUCUUCCUUGGUGUCUUUGAGAGUGGUAGUUUUCCUGCUUUGUUCUAUCUUCUUUCUGCCUACUAUUGCAAAAGAGAGUCGCAGCGUAGAUUCUCCUUUUUCUUCAGUUGUACAUGUCUUGCCGGUGGUUGUGCAGGUGCCAUCGCUUACAGGAUUCACAGCCUAGACGGAGUCAGAGGCUUCGCCUCUUGGCAGUGGAUAUUUCUUAUUGAAGGUGCCAUUACUUCCUUCUUGGCUAUCGUUCUCUUCUUUACCAUAGCAGACUUCCCAGAAGAGGCCCGUUUCCUCAGCAAUAACGAGAGAAAGUUCCUCAAAAGAAAGUUGGAAUACGAUGCCGGAAAGUCCGCUUACGAGGUCAAGUUGUUAUUGAAGGACGUCGGUGGAUUCUAUAAGCUUCCAGCAGCCUACUUAUCUGCUCUUUGCUAUUUUGCAUUGGUUAUUCCUUCGUAUGGUUACGCCUAUUUUGCUCCUACCAUCAUCAAGUUUUUGGGAUAUACUGCCUGGGAAGCAAAUAAGCAUUCCAUCUACCCUUGGAUUUGUGCCUGGGGUGUCACUUGUGUAUUGGCCUUCAUUUCCGAUAAAAUCGGUAGAAGAUGGCCGUUUGCUUUCUUCUCGUGCUGUUUGGCAAUUGCAGGUUUCGUUAUGGUGAUGGUGUCUAGUAACUAUAGCGUACAAUAUGCAGGUUGCUUCCUUGCCGUGACAGGAUUGUAUUCUGCCAUGCCUGCAGUGGUCUGUCUAUUCUCACUCAACUUCGCCGGCCAUAGAAACAAGUCGGUUGGUACCUCUACUAUCGUUGGUUUCGGUAACAUUGGUGGUAUUAUUUCACCCUGGUUGUUCCCCAACAGCGAUGCUCCAGGCUACCAUAUGGGUAUGGCAGUUUCUGUGUUUUUUGUUGUAUUUGCCGUUGCCAUGACAUUCUCCUACACUGCAUACACGGUGUAUCUGAAUAGGAUCAAAAACACCGAGGCAUACCGUGAGAAGUGGGCCCUCAAGGACAAGAGAGCUCAACUUAUAGCAGGAGAUCUUCACCCAGAUUUUAAAUAUAUGUAUUAG